GUUUUGUUACAUAAUUAAGCUCAGUCAAUCAUUUGUCAAUGUUGAUAGUUUUGAUAGUUUCCUUAUUGUGUCCAUGUAUUUGGUCACUAGAUAAUGGAUUGGCUUUAACACCACCUUUAGGAUGGCUGACCUGGGAAAGAUUCAGAUGCCAAACUAACUGUAAAGAGUUCCCUAAAAAUUGUAUUGGGGAAACAUUAAUUAAGGAGAUGGCUGAUGUUAUGGUAUCUGAUGGUUACAAGGACGCUGGUUAUGAAUACAUUAUCAUAGAUGAUUGUUGGCCAGCAUCUAAGAGGACCUCAGCAGGCAGACUACAAGGAGACCCUGAAAGAUUUCCAAAUGGCAUGAAAGCUCUAGCUGACUAUAUACAUUCCAAGGGACUAAAGUUUGGCAUCUAUGAAGAUUUUGGAAAGAAGACAUGUGCCGGUUAUCCUGGCAGUGAAUUUUACAUGAAGAUGGAUUCUCAGACGUUUGCUGAUUGGGGUGUAGAUUUUGUAAAAUUUGAUCAGUGUAAUGCUGACCCUCAUGACAUGAAGUAUGGUUAUCCAGUGAUGGAGUUUUUUAUGAAUAAAACAGGAAGACCAAUGGUGUUUGCUUGUGAAUGGCCUUUGAACAAUUUAGUUAAGAAAAUAAAGCCUGAUUUUGCUGCCAUCAGAAAGACUUGUAAUAUGUGGAGGAAUUACAAUGAUAUAGAGGAUUCCUUUGAUAGUGUACUUAGUAUCAUUAAUUACUGGGCUAAAGAUUCAUACAACAUGUCAUCAUACGCUGGACCAGGGGGAUGGAAUGAUCCAGACGAGAUUAUCGUAGGAGACUUUGGUUUAAGCCAUGACCAAGAGAGGGUCCAGAUGGGGAUGUGGUGUAUGUUUUCCGCUCCAUUACUCCUGUCAAAUGAUCUGAGGAACAUCAGGAACAGUUCUAAAGCUCUGAUAUUAAACAAGAGACUCUUAGCUAUCAACCAAGAUCCAUUAGGAAUACAAGCCAAAGCAUUCAAUCUGGGCUAUGUACAAGUUUGGACCAGACCUAUUCUCCCUCUAGGAAGUAAGGCUGUAGCUGUACUGUUUGUGACUGACCAUUAUCCCGGUAAAGGUGGCAAUUACAUCAAAGUUACAUACCCACUGUCAAUGUAUGGAAUAACUGAUGGAAAACAAUAUAAUAUCACAGAAGUCUUUGAUGGUCACAGUAUGGGGACACAUAAUACAUCAUCUAUAAUUACAUUUAAUGUUAAUCCUACUGGUAUAUUUAUGUUUACAGUGAAACCUGUAUGAACAUCUUAUAUUGUUUAAUAUCUUACCAUCUUAAAAGCAUAUGAUAAUGGUUAUAUGUAGAAAUUAUACUGAAUUGCUGGGUAAUUACAAAACUAUUACAUUGGUUGUUGUCUCUUUGACACAUUCCCCAUUUCCAUUCUCAAUUUUACAUCUAAAAAUAAAUAUCAUGGCAGAUUACUAUAAAUAUAUAUAUAUGCCAUUAUUUAUUCUUGUAUUUAAAUUUUAAAUUUUCUUUCACUCAGCAUUAAGUGGAACCAAAGGAAUCUAUGGAAUCUCAUAGUUUUGUCUAUACAUGGCACAUGUGCCACAACCUGUUGAAACCAGGAAAGAUAAUCUCAAAAUAUGUUUAAAUUUUUUUAAGUCUUUGCAUGGUAUUAUGAUAAAUUCCAAAUAAAUACAUUCCUGUUAAGAUUUUGUUUAGGCUCUGCCCAUGCGUUAUGUCAUCACAUAUCAUUACAGCUUUUCAAAACUAUCUAGUUAAAUGGAUGAGUUGUAGACUGUUGCUUUUCUUCAUCAGUUUGGCAUGGUUUUAUAUGAUUCUCUUGGAAUUAAGUUUACAUUAAAUGUUGUUAAAACAUUCCUGGCAAGUUCAAUUACUACUAGAAACGUUUUAAUGCCUAUUGCUAUGUGUAAAGUUAAGGAUAUCAGUGUAAGCUGUCAGAUCAGAAUAUGCAUGGAAUAUUUACUUCUAGACAUUAAGCAAUUGACAAUCUAUCAGUUAGAAGAGUUUUUUUUUAAGUGUGUUGAUGAGAUUACAGUAUAGUUUUAUAACUUUUACAUUCCUUUGCAUAAUAUAUGGAUAUGAAAUCUCUAUUUAUGAUAUUAAUGUUUUUAAUAACUGAUAAACUGAUGAAGGGAGCUUACAUCUAUAGAUAUAAGCACCUAAAUAAAGUUUUUCAAGAAAAUUGGUGGUGUUUUUGUGUUAAUGUUUGUGUUGAGGAUGAUGAACAAAAAGGAUGGACAGACAACAGUAUACCAUAAUACAUACCAUCUUUUAAAUACUUAUGUAUAAUAAUCGAUUGACUAUUUUCUAAAAGGAUAACAUCAAAAGGCCAAUUCUUGCCCCAACAAAAUGACAUUUAUUUUCAUAAAAGUAUUGGGUUUUUGGUUUUUUUUUUUAAAUGUGAUAUGUAUCUCAUGUUCAGAAUUAAUCCUUUUAAAAAGUUGUAUCCAUAAAUGGCACAUAAGUUUUCUAUGUUAUUUUGAAUUCCAUGUUUAUAUUUGUUUAUUUAUAGUCAAUAUUAUUUGAAACUCUUUAUUUUUAUAUUAUUUCACUUUUUUUAUUUAUUUUAUACUGACAUGUUUAUGUAAUAUUUCUAUUCACAAAAAAAUGUACUCUGAAUAAAGAUUUGUAUAAAGUGC